AUGUCGCACCCUGCGCCCGGCAAGGGCCAGGGCAAGGGCCGCCAGGGCAAGGGCCGCCAGGGCAAGGGCCGCCAGGGCAAGGGCCGCCAGGGCAAGGGCCGCCCGAGCAAGGGCUGGAUGCCCCGUGGCGCAUCGCUCUUAAGGCACCUGCAAGGGAUGCAGCCCAGCUCCAUUCCGCGCUUGGUUGGACACCCACUCUCUGCUGACGAGUACUUCUUGUCUGCAAUGGCCGUGCGUCAGGAUGCCCAGACCCAUGCAGAUGAGAACAACCUUUUGACCUUUGGUGAAGCUGCGGGUUGGGAUGUGGAUGACAUGCUGGCAGCUCAAGCACCGGCACGGAACAUGGGUUCUGUGGGAAGUGGCGAAGGUUUGGUGGGCACCUGUGGCUUCAUGGGCGUGGCGGCGGGAAAGUAUGCUGCCAGACUGAAGGCGGUGGAGUUGAACGCUACAUUUCAUGACCAAGGGGAUGCCAGUUAUGAGGCGCAGGCGGCCAGCUAUGCCCAGCUGGGCCUUCGCGUGGUGGUGAAGGUUUCGGGCUACGCCACCCACCGUGUCCAGUUGCAGGAUCCCACUGAGUGGUGGCCCUGGCUGCGCGCCAAGUACGCCCCCUUUGUCAACGAAGGCGUUUUGGUGGGUCUCUUGUGGCAGCUUCCGCCAUCUUUCACCUGCACUGAUGAGAACUGCCAGCGUUUGGAGACUUUGGGCGAGCUCCUGCGUUCAAAAUCUCAAACGGAGCCCUGGUUGGAGCUGAGACAUGCUUUUGAAUUUCGUCACUCCUCCUGGUUUCGCAGCCCUCGAUGGCGGGAAGGCUUCAAGAAGCAGCAGUUGAGCCUGGUGAGUCUUCACUUGCUGAACGACACCUCCUGGGCUGGUGAUUUGGAGUCCGGCUGGCAUGGGCUGCCAGAGGAUUCGGCGCCGGACUUCGUGUACCUGCGCUGCUUCGGCACUCGAGGUCGAAGUAUUGGAAGCUACAGCAGGGAGGAGCUGCAAGACAUGUUGGCUGUGACCCAGAGAUCCACCUCCUCAGUGGUGAUGUUUGGUCAAGGUGACGCGCCCAAACAGGCCUUGGAAAAUGCCUGGGACUUGCAGGACCUGAAAACUCCUGGAGCUUCGAGCCAUGUGAACCGAAGUGAUUCCAAGCUGGCUGGGAAGGUCUGCAGCGGUGUGGUGCUGCGGAAGGGACAGGAUCGAACGGUUCUCUCAGUCACUCUGGAGGAUUCCCAAAGCCGCACCGGAUAUUUGGGCUCCAGACAUUCGCGGCGCCGGGGGUUGAAGCUGCGGGUUGGUGAGGUCCUGGAGCAUUUGAGGGUGGAAGCGGAAGACGCUUCAGGUCGUUUGCUGUUGAGUGUUUGUGACAUUGGCUCCAAAGAGAGCGCAGAAGCAGUGAAGGACAGUUGAAAGA